AUGAAGCUGGGAUUCACCUGGGCUCUGCUGUCCCUUCUGGCAGGGCAAGGCUGGGCAGACACCCGCACCAUCGGGGCGGAGGAGUGUCAACGCAACUCACAGCCCUGGCAGGCUGGCCUGUUCUACCUCACCCGGCUCUUCUGCGGGGCGACUCUCAUCAGUGACCGCUGGCUGCUCACAGCUGCCCACUGCCGCAAGCCGUACCUGUGGGUGCGCCUUGGGGAGCACCACCUCUGGCAGUGGGAGGGUCCAGAGCAGCUGUUCCGGGUCACAGACUUCUUCCCCCACCCGGGGUUCAAUGAGGACCUCAGUGCCAAUGACCACAACGAUGACAUCAUGCUAAUCCGUCUGCCCAGGCGGGCACGCCUGGGUCCUGCUGUGCAGCCCCUCAGCCUCAGCCAGACCUACCUUGCCCCAGGCACUCAGUGCUUCAUCUCAGGCUGGGGGGCAGUGUCUAGCCCCAAGGUGCGGUAUCCACUCACGCUGCAGUGUGCCAACAUCAGCAUCCUGGAUGCCAAACUCUGUCACUGGGCUUAUCCAGGCCACAUCUCAGACAGCAUGAUAUGUGCAGGCCUGUGGGAGGGGGGCCGAGGCUCCUGCCAGGGUGACUCUGGGGGACCCCUGGUUUGCAAUGGGACCCUUGCAGGCGUGGUGUCUGGAGGCGCUGAGCCCUGCUCCAGACCCCGGCGUCCCACUGUCUUUACCAGCGUACGCCACUACGUGGACUGGAUUCGAAAAACCAUGGAGGAAAACUGA